AAAACAAGAAAUUUGUAAAGGAUUAAAAAAGGAGAAAGAGAUCGCUUUUAAAAGUCAUCAUAAUCUCAGCUUUAUCCUCAAACUCAAACCCACCUCAGACCUAACCAUAACUUAACGGGGUUUCACAAUAACUCAAAUUUUCCUUCUCUUCUCUUAAUUCGUUGCUCUAAUCGCCUGCAAAUUAUCCGCUUUUAAGGAUCUAAUGGCAAAGAGCUCCUUCAAGCAAGAACAUGAUCUUGAGAAAAGACGUGCUGAGGCUGCCAGGAUCAGAGAGAAAUACCCAGAUAGAAUACCGGUGAUUGUGGAGAAAGCAGAGAGAAGUGAUAUCCCUAAUAUUGACAAGAAAAAAUACCUAGUCCCAGCUGAUUUGACCGUAGGACAGUUUGUUUAUGUGAUCCGCAAAAGGAUCAAGCUAAGUGCAGAGAAAGCAAUCUUCAUUUUCGUGGAUAAUGUCCUCCCACCUACUGGAGCAAUCAUGUCUGCAAUAUAUGAGGAGAAGAAAGAUGAUGAUGGAUUCCUGUAUGUUACUUACAGCGGCGAGAACACAUUUGGUUUUCUUGCUAUGGAGUAAUGUGAUGUAACUUGAUGGAUUCUCCCGGACCUAAAUAAUUGAAUAGUUGUCAUUUUGGUUUCAUAGUUAUUGUGAAUUGCUAUUUCAACACUCAAAAAGGAGUAAACACUGUAAAUGCUGUAAAUAAUUUGAUCCUAUGAUGUUUAAAUGGUAACUUUUACUGCUUUUAAGACUUGUUAAAGAUAAUGAGACUCGUGCUCUCAGAUGCAAGGCAAAAAUUGAGAUUGUAAAUAUCAUGUGGAGCGAACGUGAGCUUCUGCCACUUAGCAUAUUGCGUGUGGACAAUGAAAAUGGGCCUACUUUGUUUGUUUGUGUU